AUGGCGUUCAAGAUGAGUCCAAAACGAAAAUCCAUUGAGCCAUCUAUUUUAUUGGAAGCCGUGAAACGUGUCAAAAUUGGGAAAGAAUCCAAAAAGUCUGUUUCAUUGGCACUCAAGAUACCUCGUACCAAUCUAUUGCGUUAUCUGGAUAACAUUGAACGUGUUAUUCCUGACAUAUCGGUGGCCACAGAUGAGGAUUUGUUGCAAUGUUUGGGGCAUAGUUCAACAGUUGGCCCAACACCUAUUUUCACUCAACGCGAAGAAAAAUGUUUAAUGGAAUACAUCUUGAAGUGCGCUGACUUAUAUUAUGGCCUCAGCAUGACUGAUAUUAAAAAGUUGGCUUUUGAAUUCGCGGCAAAGAUUGGUGUCGGGUUCCCACCGAAGUGGAAUGAAAAACAAAUGGCCGGAAGAAGAUGGUUCGAUGGAUUUAUGAAGCGUCAUCCAAAUAUGUCCAUUCGAAAGCCACAACAAGUCAGUUUGAACCGUAUGCGUGGAUUUACACGCGAAAAUGUUGAUCUUUUUUACUCAAAUUUGGACCGAGUUACCAACUCAAGUGGAGGUGGCCACGAAUACGGAGCUCAAGCCAUAUGGAAUAUGGAUGAAACGGGAUUUUCUACGGUACCCAACCGAAUCGGCAAAAUCGUUGCACGGAAAGGAGCUAGAUACGUUGGAAUGAUGUCUUCUCAAGAACGUGGCACUUUGAUCACCAUGGUGGCUUGUGUCAGUGCAUCUGGAACUUAUUGUCCGCCCUUUUGGAUUUUUCCACGUAAAAAUAUGCGCGCCAUUUUUCUUGAACGUGCUCCAGAAGGCAGUUUUGGUGUUGCAAAUGGUUCUGGAUGGAUUCAUCAAGGGGAAUUCGUUCAAUUUAUGCAACACUUCAUCAAAUUUUCGUGCGCAUCUUUGGAGCGGCCACAGUUGCUUAUACUCGAUAAUCAUUGCUCGCAUCUUUCGGUUGAAGCCAUUGAUUUGGCCAAAAAUAAUGGCAUUACGAUGGUUUCUAUCCCACCACAUUGCAGCCAUAAGCUCCAGCCUUUGGACGUCUCCGUAUUUGGACCAUUUAAGGCAUAUUAUUCAAAUGCUUGUGGCAUCUGGACCAAAAAUAACUCUGGCCGAGUAUUUGAAAUUCACCAUAUUCCGGAAGUCCUUGGACAAUGCAUUGAUCUUGCUUUCACUCCCACCAAUAUAAAAUCUGGAUUCAAAGCAACAGGAAUUCGGCCAUUCAACAGAGACAGCUUCACUGAUUCCGAUUUUGUAGUAGCUGAUUUUUUGGCUGGGGAGCCAAAUGAUCAAAAUAUGGAAAUUGAAGAUCAACGACUCAUCGUGUUCAAUGACUCAUCGUGCCAAAUUGCAAUAUGGUAUUUUCAUUUGUGUGAAUUGUGA